AUGCCGUCAGGUACAGGUAAGACUGUCUCAUUGCUGUCACUUGUAAUAGCUUACAUGCUGCGAUUUCCGGACCAUCUGGACAAACUGGUCUAUUGUUCCCGAACAAUUCCAGAAAUUGAAAAAUGUGUUGAAGAACUUCGCAAUCUUUUCAAAUAUUACGAGCAGUGUGAUGGUAAACCACCAUCUUUAUUUGCGGUAGCUCUUUCUGCUCGAAAAAAUUUAUGCAUUAACGAAUCGGUAUCUUCGCUGCGGCAAGGUUCUCUAGUUGAUGGAGCUUGUCAGAAGUUGACAGCAAGUUUUGUGCGCGCUAAACGUAGGCUUCGUCCGGACUUACCGUGUUGCGCAUUCUUCGAGAAGUUAGAUGAACAAAAAGAUUUCAAUUAUCCUGAUGGUGUAUACAAUUUGCAAAAUUUGAGAAAAUUGGGCCAGCAGAAAGGAAUCUGUCCGUAUUUUUUGUCACGCAAUGUUGUCGAUCGUGCACAUAUUGUUGUCUAUUCUUAUCAUUACAUCUUGGAUCCAAAAAUUGCCGAAUUGGUUUCAAAAAAUUUUAGCCGUCACUCAUGUGUUGUUUUCGAUGAAGCUCACAACAUCGAUAAUGUUUGCAUAGAGUCAAUGAGUGUGUCCUUAACAAAAACAACAGUUGAAAAAGCGACGCAGAAGCUAGGUAUACUUGAGGAGCAUGUGCAAAGGUUGAGGGAGGAAAACAGUGAGCAAUUACGGGUAGAGUAUGAUCGUUUAGUUGAAGGACUGAGGCGUAUCGAAGAGGAACGUACGAACGAUCAAAUUUUAGCAAAUCCUGUUUUGCCUGAUAUGAUUUUGAAAGAAGCAGUGCCCGGAACAAUACGAAAUGCGUUACAUUUUAUUUCUUUUUUGCGUCGUUUCAAUGAAUAUCUGAAACAUCGGAUGCGAACGAAGACGGUUCUGAUUGAAAGUCCUGCUGCAUUCCUUCGCGAUAUUAAUGAUUUAAUGCAUAUUGAUCGAAGGCCACUCAGAUUCUGUGCAGAACGGUUUGCAUCAUUAACACGAACUUUGGAGCUGGCUGAUAUAUCAGACUUCAGCUCAUUAGUGCUAAUUACAAAUUUUGCAACUCUUGUGAGUACCUAUGCACGAGGUUUUACAAUUGUAAUUGAACCACUGGAUGAGAAGAGUGGUACUAGCCAUAGCUGUACGCUACAUUUAAGUUGUAUGGAUGCCUCAGUUGCUAUUCGUCCUAUUUUUCAACGGUAUCAUACAGUUGUCAUCACUUCAGGGACUUUGUCGCCACUGGAUAUGUACCCGAAAAUUCUGGACUUUGAUCCAGCGAUUAUGGCAAGCUUAUCAAUGACACUAGCGAGACCAUGUAUUGCUCCACUAAUUGUUUCAAAAGGCAAUGAUCAAGUUGCAAUGACAUCUCGUUUUGAGUCUCGGGAAGAUGCUGCUGUAAUCCGGAAUUACGGGAGUCUUGUUUUGGAACUUGCUUCUCUGGUACCAGAUGGUGUUGUUGUUUUUUUUACCAGUUAUCUUUAUAUGGAAAAUGUUAUUUCAACGUGGUAUGAUCAGGGCAUUAUUGAUGAAUUAUUGAAAUACAAACUUUUGUUUAUUGAAACAACCGAUGCGCUCGAAACAAGUAUUGCUUUAGAGAAAUAUGUGGAAGCAUGUGACUGUGGUAGGGGAGCUAUAUUCUUUUCUGUUGCAAGGGGAAAGGUAUCAGAAGGGAUUGAUUUCUCGCAUCAUCUCGGCCGUGCCGUCAUAAUGCUUGGCGUUCCAUAUGUAUAUACCGAAAGUCGGAUAUUGCGAGCGCGCCUAGAAUAUUUGCGAGAACAGUUGGGAAUAAGGGAAAAUGAUUUUCUAACAUUUGAUGCAAUGCGUCAGGCAGCACAAUGUAUGGGUCGUGCACUAAGAGGUAAAAGUGAUUAUGGUUUGAUGGUAUUCGCUGAUAAAAGGUUUUCACGGAAAGAUAAGAUGGGCAAACUUCCUCGUUGGAUUCAGGAAUAUAUAACUCCAGGCAAUGUCAACCUCAGCAUUGAAGAAGCUGUUAUAAUAGCAAGAAAAUGGUUCCCAUUAAUGGCACAGUCGUUCACUAAAGAGCAUCAGCUGGGAAUUUCAUUGCUUACUGAAGAAAUGCUUCGCGAAAAAGAGUUGUUGGGGAAAAAAUUUGGCCAUGUUUUAGAGGAGGUUGAUUAA